GGUUUGCGUCUAGCUCUGUCUGAUGCGCAGCCAGGAAGGCGGAUGAGACACAAUGAGACUCAGAGGGCGACCACCUUUAACAUGAAGAGAUGGAAGCCACGCUGAAGUGCGCUGCACUGCUGCUGCUCACAGUGGCAGGUGCAGUCAUGGCUGGAUCCCACCACACAAUCAAACUGGCUUUCACAGACAGCUCAUCAACCCGGACACAAGAGAAAGUUUCAUCCGGUUCAUCUUUGACUUUCAGCUGUUGUUUGAGUAACAAUAAUUUCCAAAGAUAUCGGAUGUACUGGUAUUUCAUUCCCCAUGGAUCGAAUGAAACAAAAUUAAUGAAUGACACAAUGAACGGCAACACCAUUCAACAGCCAGAGGAAACUUCAGCGGGGGAGUGUUCUGACAAAACUUACACUUUAUCAAAUGUUAAUGAAACACACAGUGGAUGGUACUAUUGCAGUGUCAAAGCAGAGAUUCCCGAGCUACAAACUAAUACGAGCAACUCAACAGAAGUGAUAGUCUCACAGAGCUUAGUGGAAAGUAAAGCGGAAAUUUGUCCAUUGGAAAUGGAAACAUGUGCAAUUACACCCACAGAAGCGAGUCCCACAAGCUGGAGCUUGUGGGAUUGGACGGCCUGGGUGUGGAUUGUGGUGGGAGUGUCUUCCCUCGUCCUGUUAGUCCUGAUCAUCACGCUGGUCGUAUAUGUUGUGAAGAAACGAAGCCUUUUCGGCAGCAAAGGAGCAGAUCCAAUCUAUAUGAACAGUCAUCACCAGAGGAAACAGCGCCUCCCGCAGGCGGAGCUGCAGGUCGACACCCUGAAGGCGGGCCUAGGCCCUCAGCACCCACGGACCCCCAGCCCGUCCGGGAGGUACGACGGAGGCAAUCAAAGAUACCACGUGUAACCUCGACGUUAUUUUCCUGCUACAGCUGUUUUAUAUUGCCAUUGUGUACAUUUUAUUUUAUUUCUAUUUCUAUUUUAUAUCCAGCACACUGUUUAUGCUUUAACUGAAGCUUGUGUCACUUUCCAGGUAGCCAAUGUAGUACCUUCAAUUGGCCACUAGAUGGCAAAAGGCGACCUUAAAGAGUUGGUCCUGUUUUAUUUUUGUUCCUUUUUAUUAGGUUUCUACACUUGUUCAAAUUCGCUACCUAAAAUAUUUUAUAAUGGUGCAAAUAACAUUUGUAUAUAAAAAAAAUUAAAACGUUUCAAAGUGAUAUUUUCAUGAUCAAUUUUCACUGUGUAUGAAGACCUAUUGUUAC